AUGCUUCGAUUACGUUUUCAUGCGUCUUGGCUACCGGAUGAACAUAAUCGAUUUUGGACAGUUAUUGAUAGCAAUACAAGUAAUCAAACUAUAAGAGAUUUAAUUGAAUACUUCAUCGAACAAGAGACUUCGUUCGCGAACUAUUAUCAAUUUCAAAUACCAAAACGAGCGAAAAAACUGAAAUAUCUCAAAGCGUUCUUAAACGAUUAUGUCUUGCCACCUCAUGCUCAAAUCAGUCAUCUUUUACGUGAUAAUGAUGAAAUUGAUUUUCGCUUAGCAAUUGACGCAGAAAAUGAUUGGAUUCUUGUCAAACCUGCUCCAACAUCGAAAAGAAAACGAUCCAAUGAACGACCUAUGGUUUCUCUUACGCUACCACCUCCUCCCGCUCCUGCUGCUACGAAUGAUUUAGAUACAGCUCUUCGAACCAUUGCUCAAUCAACAACCAAAUCCCCAGCGAAAGACACAUUCUCAUUUCAAUUCGGCAAUAAACGUGGUCGUCCUAUUCCUCCACGACCUGCAGUCAUUUCAGUUACUAAAGUGAAUUCACUAGUUCCACGGCAAGUUCUGACUAAUAAAAGAUAA